UGGCACGUUUGACGUGGCUCGUCUAGUAGUCUAUUUUGCUGUUUGUUUUUGGGAGGCGAUCCCGCGUACAAGAUUUCGCAUCCUAGAGCUCGAACCACGAUAUACCUUUGGACUGAUGUGCAAGUCUCUUGGAUUUGUCCUUGCCUGACGCCCUAUUCUCCUGGUAGACUGUGUUGUUGCAGACUGGGUUGCCUCAUGUUCAGGCGGUAACAGUAUGUCUGUACUGGUAUGAUUCUCAGUAGUAGUUGCAGUAAUUGUCCCCAUUUGGAGAUCAUCUCCUUCUUCAGUCAUUGCGAGGUUUGCAGCGUUGGCGGCAUUAGCCUGAGCAGCCAAUAGAUGAGCAGUCCUGGCCGUAUUGAUGAUCGAUGCUGCUGUUUCCUCCAUUAAUCCAGAAGCAUCGCUUUGGAGGACCCGCUGUCUACGCGCUGCGCUUUCAGUGGGAUAAGCACACAUUGUGUAUUGGAGUGUUGCUUCUCUUAGCCCUUCCAUAACCUCUUCAGUUGAUGGAACCGGGGGAAGAGGCAGCAGUGGAAAAUCCACUAAGUCUAAAUUGCGUUCGAGGGGGGGUCUAUGCUGGACUGGAUGUUCUUGUUCUGCUUCCCGGUUCGCAGUAGGAAUGGCUUCGGAAUGUUCCCUCUCUAACCUUCUCCACUGAUACUCAGGUGAUUUCUUUCGACGACGUUCUCCAUGGUAUCGAGUGUCCUCACCUCUAACCAAAGGUUGAGCGGGCGAGGUGGAUGUGUAAGAGUUCCGAACAGGUAGAUCACGUCUGAUCGGCUCAUUAUUACCUCUGCCAGUCUCCAUUGCUGGUGUGAUUUUAUUCCUCAACGGUAGGCCUCGCUGCAGGUUGGAAGAUACUCUCUCUCCAAAAGGUUUGCCAUGCCUGUCGAGUCUCUGCUUAAACUCGGUUCUUUCUCCUUUAAAGUGACCCGAGCCCUCCGCAUUUCCUGAGCCAAAGGGUGGUCUUUGGUAGUGAUUGUCGUUCACGUGUAUCCUCUGUUCGUUAUUCUCUCUCUGACUUUGAGGGAGAACAUCCACAUCCAGGAGUUCUGAAGUACGCUGGCAUUUAUCAGGGCAGUAGCUUUCAAGAUGAGUUAGUUUAAGGCAGUAGGAGCAGAAGUUUUCCAGCUUCUCAUAAGAGAAGGUAACAAUGCACUCUUCGCCUGAAGAGAACUCUAGCACUGUAUCCUGUGGCAGGGGUUUCAGUCCAUCAAUGAAGACCCGAACUCUCGCUGAUGUUUUGGUGAGAAUGUAGUGGUCUAGUUCUCCAAGCUCCUGCCCAAUAUCCAUUAUUACUCUCUCGUGCCAGAAGUGAAGCGGGAUUCCUCUGAGUGUAAUCCAAAAAGGGAUCUGGGAGGGGAAAGUAGGUGAAAUAAUUGGUUCCCACCUUUGCAGAAUAAUCAUCCACCGUCCGACCUGGUAAGGUCUGUUGUCCAACACUUUUUUCAUUUCCUUUUCAUCUUGGAAGCGAAACUGGAAGCAAUGAUUACCUAGGUCCGAGCCAUGAAUCUGGCCCACAAGGUUCCAUUUCCUAGUCAGGUACGGGAGGACAGCAGUCAUGUUUUGUUCCCUAGGGUUGGUGAGUCUUCCUAUCAGGGUGAGGAAGUUGUCUUGGAUGAGAGCACUGGUAUCAAGUUCAGGGGCUUUUAUACGCAUUCUCCUCUGUUCAGGUAAGCCUGGAAGGGUGCUUUUACCUUUUUCCUCAGCACUGAACCGUUUCAUGGUUGAGCUAGUGUACGAGAGGGUAGACCGAAAAUAACAGCUUGGUGCUGGUGCAGUAAGAUGCAAAUUUAGAAGGAGAAAAAUACUCUAACAGAUUAUCAGAGUACUUGUUGGAAGGUGUUGAAGUCGCGGUUCGUCGUGGUCCCGGAGAAGGCGGCUGGUGGUAGAGGAGUCAACGUCGACCCUACCCUUGUCGCAGCUGGCUUCUACUGGUCUAGACUGCAGACAUUCUCCCCUAAGUGCAGAGUUUGAGGGGGGAUGUAGUCCAUAACCGGUGAAGGGGGUGCCCGUGCCGGCAAGGCGCUCUGGUGGCUUCGCGGGGGCCGCAUCCGGUGUGUCCCGACGAGAAGUAGUUGAUUAUCCAACAGGUAAUGCUCUAAGAGGAAACUUUUGAAAACGUUGCAGUAAAAGACAGGGGAAAAACAGCGAUCUGAUGCCAAAAGAAGAACGUCAACUUAGGAGUACAUCAGAAACCUAGCGGGCAAGGACCUCUCUCGGGGGCUGUGUCUGGGAGAAAAGUUUCUUGUUAUGUAACUCCGUUUUACAAUAUCUAUUUUCCUAGAUUACUUUGUUAUUUGGUUUUAAGAAGAACAUGGAUGUUAAAGUCCUUAUUUAAGAACCGAUUCUUAGCUUUUUUAGUUAAAAGUUAAGAAACACUUUCUUAACUUCCAUUAAGAACCCCAUUCUAAGAACUCCGGGUUAAUCAUGCCCUUAUGAAAUUAUAAUAAUCACAAAGUUAUAGUAUACAUAGUAUUUAAUAACAAAGAUCAGAAAGCAAUUACCAACAUAUCUUUGUAAUUUUCUGUUAAAAAAUAUUAGACAAGAAAUAAAAUCCUAUAUACAUGACCUUUUUCUUGCAAAUGAUACCAGUCGUGAAAUGUAGUUUUUUGAAAGCUGCAUCUAAUGCCUUCCUCGUUAAGGCAAUUAAUAACAUUUCAAAUUGAAUACCAUAAUUAAUUAACUGAUGUCGAACCCACAUGGGCACCACCAAUAGGGUUAACCGAUUUUUAAGUUCAUUUCAUUUACGAAUCUACUAAAGUAAUGUAUAUUUAAACCAAUUUGUGACAUAGUUGCGGUUUUGGAAUCGGUUCCGUUCUUAUAUUAUCCGAAUGCAGUGCAUGUAAUUGAUGCCCUAUAUAAGAUAAACAUCAUUUCCUUCUUCUCCAUCUUUCUUUAUAAGUUGACAUUUUUUUACAGCAACUAGUCUUUCUCCUGUCCGAUGGAUUCAUCUACAUGUCCUGUUCUGAGCCACGCUUCAGAAUCUCCAGGAAAGAUUGGAUCAUCCAUUCCUAAUAAAAUGGACCGAACGUUGGAUCUUGAAUCGGGCACAAAUCAUGAGUUGAGCAAACCGGUUCCUGGGAUGUGGCGGUUUCCUACAAAUCCAGAUCUGUGUUGCAUCUACAGAGUACCAGACUGUCUACGUGAAGUAAACCCAAAAGCAUACACUCCUCAGCUGGUCCUCAUUGGACCGCUUCACCGUUCUUUAAAAUCUCACGCUCUCAAGUCUCGAGGAGAUAUCACCAAGGCAAAGUCAUUGGGAUACUUAAACACGGAGGCGCAUAAGAAGAUUUACCUGGUUGAGUUCGCAAAAAGGGUCGAAGGGAACAAAGUUGUUGAAGAACUCAAAAGAAAAAUCAAGGAAGACGAAGAUAUGAUCAGGGCAAGCUACUCAGAAUCAACGGCCUGGAUUGACUCUCCAGACUUUGUGGAGAUGUUACUGCAUGACUCUAUUUUCAUAAUAGAGCUCAUGUUAAGGUUUAACUUAAAAGGACCAGAGAGAAUAGGGGAUCCUCUGAUGGACGAGCCUUGUCUUGAAAACACAAUCAAAAGGGAUCUUAUUUUGCUCGAGAACCAACUUCCUUACUUCAUCUUGGAAAAACUCUUUGAUCCAAUCAUCAAAAUACUGUACCCGAGCGAGACAAUGCGUACACUUGUUAUCAGCUACUUCGAACUGGACAAGAAGAAGAAACUCAAAGAGAAUUCCAAGUUCAGACAUUUCACUGAUUUGUUCAGGUGUAUCCGCGUGGAAACACUUCCUGAAGAUGGUGUAGGGGGUUUCGAACACAUAGCAAAGAUGCAUAAUGCAGAUAAGCUAUACAACAGGGGAGUGAAGUUCGAGGCUGUAGAAGAAGAGUUUUCUGUUUGGGUGAAAUUCGACGUUAAAACUGGCUGUUUGAAGAUACCUUGUUUCCGGGCUGAUGACGACAUGGAGAUAGAACUUAGAAACAUAAUGGCGUUUGAGCAAUCAUAUUAUCCUUACAAUGCCUAUGUUUGUGACUAUGUCACGUUCUUGGAUUUCCUGAUCGACUCGGAGAAAGACGUAGACUUGCUCGUUGAGAAAGGGAUCAUAAAGAAUUGGCUCGGGCACCAUGGUGCAAUCUCUACGUUGGUGAACAAGCUCGGUUUGGGAGUCAUGGACGAUGGCUCUUCUUAUGCUAAAAUCGCAUCAAAUGUCAUCGAAUACUACGAUGACAGUUGCAACAAGUCACGCUCCAUCCUCAAGCGCGUGUAUUUCAGCAAUCUGUGGAGAGGGACAGCAACCAUUACUGCUGCCUGUAUAUUGAUACUGACUCUUAUCCAAACCGUAACUUCGAUCAUUGAUAUCAUUCAGAAGUGAACCUACUUAUCGUUAAAAUGCACUUUGUCAAGUUCACCUUCAAAUUUAUGUCACCCUUGUUCAUAAGGUUUAGCUAAUAUAUACCAGCUAGCAACAUCUGUUUUAUCUUCUAUAAAAUAACUCUUGCCUAUCUAUCUUUUAUGAUUUUCAAAAGUAUUGUGAUCUGUUCUUUUUUUUUUAAAAUAUACUGUGACGUUGUAGAUUUUUUAUUCCGAAAGGUGAUUGUUCCAAGAAGUUUUUUGCAUAAAAUUCGCUAAUAUUUGGUACCCAUAUAUAACAUUUUCGUGAAUUCUUCAUGAUAAUAUUGAACAACAAAAAAAAUAUUGAACAACACGCAGGAGACAAGACAACACGUACGAGUUAAGGGUUUUGUUUGUAACUACGUACGAGUUAAUGUUGUAUGCAAAUCAUUAAAUGGUAUUCAAACGGAAACUAAGGAUAGAACAGCAAACUUAAAUUGGAUGUAAAAUGACACUUGAACAUAACGGCAUGCAUGCAUAUUCAUUGCUAAGUGCCAACCCAAAUUUCUAUUCGUCUCCGCAAUAAUAAAGGAAAGAAUUUGAAGGAUAACCCCAAUAAAUCCACAAUUCGAUCUCCGUUGGCCACGGGAUAAUUUAACAUUGCACUCUUGGAGUCCACGGAAUAGUUUCGGUUGACUUUGGACGCCGGACAAUGUGGUUAAUUAAAAAAAAAUUAAUAAUAAAGGAAGGAACGUCUCAAAUAGUAUUAUCAUAUCUUUGAAAUGCAUUUCACAGAAAUUAAUAUUGUGUUGUCUGUAGUUAAGAGUGAGAAGUUUUCGGUGGUAUUGACUACAUGCAGUUCCUAAUGUUUUCGGUGGUAUUGGCUACAUAUACACAUCUUAUGCAAUCUGAAAGAUGGUAAUUUGAAAAUCAAUCGUUACACAUUCAAACUCAAGAACAAACUUAGCUUAUGCAAACAUUUCGCAGAAGAAAAAUACUCUCACCAGAGUAUUGUUAUAUCUCAAGAGUCAUUUGGUACCCUCCGCCACCGGCUUUAGUUCCUCCAUGUUCGUCGUUGUUUCUUGGAGUUGGUGAAAUGGGCAAUCUCCUAGACUUAUUGGAAUAUUUUUGGUUCUUUCUGUUUUCACCGACAAUACAAAUACACCGUCACGAUGUAACCCUUUUUCGUUCUCACAUUCACAUAUGAUUUGUUUCUAUGUAUAAUAUUUUCCCAAAUUAUUCAAAUCGGCAUACGUAUUUCUUAUGGAGGAUAUAUCCACCACACUAUAUAUAACAGUACAUUUAUUUAUUCCGUGUCGUAUUAAAAUGAUGUUUUAUAAUCUACCUAUAGUCUUGUUUGUUCUUCACAGUUAUAAUUGUUUAUUAGUAGUUGUGCACUUUUCAAAUAGGGCAAUUAACAGCUUUUUGGCAAGUGUAACAUUGCAGCAUUCUCUGUAUACUAGAGAUUUGUAUCAAUUUAUAUAACAUUGCAAUUGAGAUUUGCCAUUAAAGACAUAUAUUUACCAGUUCUGCUUAGAAAGAUGAUAUAAAAUAUGAAUGCGCUAAGAGCAUCAUAGAGAAUCUUCAUCUGCAAGUAGUCAGGGCAGUUUCGUAAUUUGUUUUAAUAAAGCUCAUGAUCAAACUAUGAAGAAAUAAAUUGGGACAAAGAAACUUAGGGCAUCAUUAUCGGUGAUUCUUAAUGGAGUUACUUAGUAAUAAUGACCAAAAAAAUAAAUCAAAAUUAGGGAAAAAGUUAAGGACGUGAGUUAAUUAAAAACUUUUCGACGAUGUCCUUAAGGGGCACGUGGCGUAAUGAGAUCGCUAGCUCAGGUAACAGUCUUGAAGAUUUCGCAUCAAUGAUUCGGUGAACGGCGUUGACGAUGAUGACGAUGAUGAUGACUAAUGCUACGGGACCGGACACGAAUCCGAUGAGGAGGAGAUAUCAGAGCACCACCGCCUAAUCCGUACCGGUCGUCGUGCCGCCUGAUCCCUUCAUCGCUUCCACUCCAACACUCUCCACCAAUCACCCCCUCAUACUAAAUCCAUCUCCGGCGCCGGCGGUGGACUUGUCGUCUACCCAACUUACGGUCGUCGUCGUCGCCAUCGCCAUCGUGUCUUCCUCAAUCAUUUUUCCUUGUUUCAAAAUUUUACAAAAUGUCAUGCCAAUAAUUAUCACUUUGCUUAAAGUCUCUUAACAUUGUCAUUAACUUACCAAUAAUAAAAAAAUGUAAGGACUCAAAUAAAAGUCUCACCAGUAAUCUUGCUCUUAGGCCAUGUUUAUCGCCGGUAAUAAGUAGGUUUCUAAAUGCAUAGGCCCCACAAAAACCUUUAAAACCGAUCACAAAAGUAAGAAAAUAAGGAUCGAUCUUUCUUUGUUUUUUCCACAGAUUGUGGGCCCCACUGACACGUGGCGGCCCGCGAUUGGUUCCCCUUUUAAUUUUUUUUUUAGCAGACGAAAAAAAAAAACAAAAAAACAAAAAAAAAGCUACCUAUGGUUCCGUGCCUGCGUUGAACAUUCUCUUAGAGCACAAUUAUCGGAGUUUCUUAAGAUGUAUCUUAAGGUAAUUUUGGUUUAAAAAAUAUAAAAAUACAUAAUUAGAGAAGAACCGUGUUUUUAAUUAGGGGCAAUAAGAGCAUGUGCAUCGCUAGAACCCCUCUAAGACCAUCAUUAUCGGGGCCUCUUAUAGGGUCUCUUAGUCUAAUUAUGAAUUAAAAAAAAAGAAAUAGCAAUAAACAUAAGGGACGCCUCUUAAUUAGGCUACACAAGAGACGGCUCUUGUAACCCACAUGUCAUCUCCUCCGAUCUAUCUCCCUCUCUUCUACGUUCCUCCAUUUUCUACGAAAUCAAUCAUCGAUCAAAAGUGGUUCAGUCGAUGAACAAAACUAUGAAAUUGGAUGUGAAUCGAUGGAUUAAUAAAAGAGAAA